CUAGAAACGUAUAAAUACUCUUGGCAAAAUAGAGAAUGCACUUAUUUGCGAGUAUUGACAAAAUGAAAGUCUUGGCUGUGACACUAUUGGCUCUGGUAGCGGUCUCCUCGGCGAGGCACAUCGACCUAGAAGAUGUGAUUGACCUGGAAUCCAUCACCGCCUACGACUAUUUCAACAAAGUCGGAAUACCUUUGGCUGAGGCCAUACGCAAAGCUGAGGAAGAAGCUUCCUUGAACCCAUCCAGAAUCGUUGGAGGAUCAACCGCCAGACUCGGUCAAUUCCCUUAUCAGGCUGGUCUCGUGAUUGAACUGGCAGGCAGAACCGGUGUUUGCGGUGGUUCUCUCCUCAACUCACGAAGAGUCCUUACUGCUGCUCACUGCUGGAAUGAUGGUCAAAACCAAGCCAGGAGGUUUACAGUCGUCCUUGGAUCCGUUCACCUAUACAGCGGUGGCACUAGGUUGAGUACGUCUAGUGUAGCUAUGCAUGGAAGCUGGAAUCCCAGCCUUGUCCGUAAUGACAUCGCUAUGAUCACCUUGCCUUCUGCUGUUUCUACUUCUGGUAAUAUCGGUUUCAUCGCCCUGCCCUCUGGUAAUGAGCUCAACAACCAGUUUGUUGGUGCCACUGCUACCGCGUCUGGUUUCGGCCUCACCAGAGAUGGUGGAAGUGUCAGCGGUGCCUUGAGCCACGUCAACUUGCCUGUGAUCACGAACGCAGUGUGCCGCAACACUUAUCCUAUCUAUAUCCAGUCCUCCAAUGUAUGCACCAGCGGAGCUAAUGGCAGAAGCACUUGCCAGGGUGAUUCCGGUGGCCCACUUGUUGUGAACAGCAACAACAGACGUAUCUUGAUCGGUGUGACUUCCUUCGGACACAGAGAUGGUUGCCAGCGUGGACACCCAGCGGCCUUCGCAAGAGUUACAUCCUACAUCAGCUGGAUCAACCAACGUCUUUGAAAAGUGACAAACAUUUUGGAUGUUCUUACGCACAACAAUUUACUGUACCAUGGACCAAGGAAUUAAAAGACUUUCUUCACAAUAAAUUAUUUGUUUAAUUAAAAAAAAUCCUAUAAAUUCGGAUAAAAAUUAAU